CCCCCCCCCCUCUGGCCUCGCUGCGCUACCGAGACGCCCCGGCCGCAUCGCCGCUAGCGUGUUCCCUCCCCAAUAAACCCGCUGUUCGCACGCAGCCAGUGUCCUUCCGCCCCGCGCGCGGCAGAACAAAGGAGUGAGCCAUUAUUCUUGGUCUUCUCGCCGUCUGACAAUUGCACCACCGCCAUCUGGCGCACCUCAAAAAAACCCCCCUUGGUGACAGCGUGCGUGCAUCUCUCUCUCUCUCGGUGUGUGCGCUUUCACCUUUCGUCGCUUUCUCUCCGUCCCCGCGACGUCAUCUCGCGCUCGAAAACAUAUCUCGUCCCAUGGUCGGUUCGUUACCCGAACAAAACGUGAAGAGGAGGAGGACGACGACGACGACGCGCACGGCAUAUAUACAAUACACACCGCAACCCCGGUCGGCAUCGCGGCCGCGGGCUCGAUAAUACUUCGUUUCCAAUGGCGACAACGUCGAAGGGCUCGUUCUUCGGCAGGUUGAAGUCCGCGGCGGGCACGAACAACAUAUCUGGCGCCGCGCCGACCAAGAAAGAUCCGAACGCACCGCUGCCGACGCCGCUGGAGAAGCUGCUGGCGGAUUACACCGGCCCGCUGCGGUUAGACGGUAGCGACAAAUUCUUUGGCUUUGAGAAUUUUGGAAGUACUUGGUAAGUGACCUACCAGUCUCUCGACACAUCUUCCGCCAGGGAACGGUCAUCAGCCCGGAAAGAAACGCGCUGCUGCCCCAUACACGUACGCGUGCGCUUUGUGCAUGUCGGCUGACGCAAGGCCAUACCUACAGCUAUUGCAACUCGAUAAUACAAUGUCUAUACUAUUCCGUUCCCUUCCGAGAACAGGUCAUAAACUUUCCCAUCCGUACGCCCAAAGACUCGCUCAAGGGAAAGCUCACCUCCAACCAUCUCGCUGCUGAUGGCACCCUACAGCCGGGCCGCGGUUCCCUGCAGCAGAAAUCUGCGCCUGCCACGGCGCAGCAGUCCUCGUCGCCGCGGACGAAAGGGCCGCCGUCGUCGAACGCGCAGAACGGACCGCCCAAGCCGGAAGACAACAAGGACUCUCCCGAAUACAAGAAGAAGGUUGCGCUGCAGACGGGGCCCAUCCUGACCAUGGACUUUGAGAACGCAAAUGCGUACGGAAUGACGGAGUCCCUGUUCACAAGUCUGAAGGACAUAUUCGAGGCCGUCAUCGCGCACGACUCGCGCAUGGGCGUCGUCAGCCCGCACAAGUUCCUCGACAUCUUGAAGCGCGACAACGAGAUGUUCCGCGCACCCAUGCACCAGGAUGCUCACGAGUUUUUGAUCCUGCUGCUCAACUCGGUCGUGGAGAAUGUGGAAGAGUAUGCAAAGGCCAGCGAGGCCAACGGCAAAGUCGUUGGGGAAGGAGAAGCCCAGGCUGCCAAGGACCUCAAGGACGCCGUGGCGCCUGCGGGCAGUUCGACUCCGCCUCCAAGCGCGCAGGUAGUAGGAACGAAGCAGAGCAGCCGGUGGGUGCACGAGCUGUUUGAGGGCACUUUGACGUCGGAGACACGGUGCCUGACGUGCGAGAACGUGUCGCAGCGCGACGAGGUGUUCUUGGAUCUGUCCGUCGACCUGGAGAACCACAACUCGGUCACUUCGUGUCUACGGCGGUUCUCGGAGGAGGAGAUGCUGUGCGAGCGCAACAAAUUUCACUGCGACAAAUGCAGCGGUCUUCAAGAAGCGGAGAAGCGGAUGAAGAUCAAGCGGCUGCCCCGAAUACUUGCGUUGCACCUGAAGCGGUUCAAAUACACGGAAGACAUGCAGCGAUUGCAAAAGCUGUUUCACAGGGUCGUAUAUCCAUACUAUCUACGGCUCUUCAACACGACGGACGACGCAGACGAUCCCGACCGUCUGUACGAGCUGUACGCCGUCGUUGUUCACAUCGGAGGCGGGCCGUACCACGGACACUACGUCUCGAUCAUCAAAACCCAGGACCGAGGAUGGCUGCUUUUUGAUGACGAGAUGGUCGAGCCGGUCGACAAACGGUUCGUCACCAAGUUCUUUGGUGAGGGGUUGGACACCAACGGGCACCCCAAGAACUUGGCAUGCGCGUACGUGCUGUUCUACCAAGAGACCACGGUUGAAGCCAUGCAGCGCGAGCUCGAUUCGGAGGGCGUCGCGCAAGCCGCGAUAUCUGCUGAAACGCAGAAGGAUCCCAUCGCUUCGAAGCUUAACGGAUACACCAACGGUCACGCUGCGCCCACUACACCGAUCGUACCGGACGUGGAGGAGUUCGCAAAUUUGGAUCACGCGGUCACGGCCCCAGUCAUUGGCACGACGUCACCCCUUCCAGCGUCCGUUCCCUUCGCGAGCCCGCUGGAGCCGACGCCAUCGUCUCCAAACCUGCCAUUCCUCAAACGUAGGAAGAGCAAGGGCGAGAUCAUGGCUAAGGAGGAGCAGAAACGCCUGGAAAAGGAGGAGAAGGAGCGCAAGAAGGCAGAGGAGAAGGAGCAAGAGAGGUUGGCCAAGCUCAGGAAGAAGGAGGCCGAGGCAGCAAGAAAGGAAAAGGAGAGCAAACCGGCGGUCAAGACGCAGAAUGCUACGCCCGCGGGAAGCAGCAACGCGUCUUCGACGGCGGUCGAGGAACCGGCUGCGCCGCCUGUUACGGCUCUGCCACCUACAAGCGCACCCACGGGUCUAGGUCUCCAGAGCGAAGAAAACCAGCUUCGGUUCUCGACGGACGUUCAUCCGAAGGAGAACGGGGCGAUGGCUCCCAGCCCGGGAGGCAACAUGCUCAACCGCUUCCGCAACACGUCGAUGAGCAUCAACAAGAAGUCGCACUGGUGGUCAUCCGGCAAGGACAAGGACAAGUCGCGCAAGAGCCAGGACCUGCCCCUGCGCGAGCCCACCAAGUCGGACGAGCAGCUGAGGGAGGGCUUGUUGGGCGGCACGGCCGGGCCUGCCGGCGUGGGAAGCCCGGAGCUGAAGCCCGAGGACAGGAAGGCGAAGAAGAGCGGCAUCGGCUUCGGCCUGGGAAGGAAGAAGAGCGUCAGCAUGCUGUCGAGGAGUCACCACUGAUUCCGAAACGUCUUCGCCGCCCGGCAAAAGGAGGGGAGACAGGUUUGGCAUCGCUGCCCACCCCUGCUGCCCUCGUGCUUGGCGCCCCCCCCCCUGUUGGAGACCUUAGCAAGGGGGCCUCAGAUGGUACACGGUUCGGAUGCGCACAAAAACCAAGAGCAGGGAGAAAAAUAGAGGAAGAAGAAGAUGAUGAUGAUGAAGGAACGUAACGGGAUACAGAUCGAAAGUAGCGGAGCGCUGCUACCGUGCAUAUUUCAUCCUUUUCUGGGGGGGGGGGUUGAGGGCCCCUGCUUUGGACUCCCUCCCCUUUCCUUCUCCGCCUCCUUCUCCAUGUUUGCGAACAAGAGGAAGAAGCCAGGCAACAGGGCGAAUUUAAAAAAAAAAAAAAAAAGGGAAAAAUUUUUUUUUUCUUUUUCAGGGGCUCAGAUGGGCAUAGUGAGGAUGUGAGGUUUUCUUUUCCUCUACCCCGCUUUGUUCGGCCCUGGUGGCAGCCCACCAGGGCAACUUCAUUGUAUUAUAACAUACACAAAGGCUGUGUUCGCGACGGCUGCGUCGCUCAUGGCGCGGUGGCGGCGUGCCCUAUGGGUGUUUCUUCAUCGUGCAAUCUCUGCGCCAUUGAAAUGUAAGCAACACGUUUCCUUUCC